GGCAAUCUCAGGUUGAAAAUGCAUCUAAUGAGAAGAAUGUGCUUGAAAAUGCAUCAGAUAAAUCUCAGAUCGCGACAAGUGUAGCAGUGGGCUCAAGAAACAAAAGAAACGGGAGAAGAGACGAGGGAAAGGAUAUGAUGCCAGUGAAAGCAAUGUUAAUAAAGCUGCUGUUCCAAAAGACACCUUAUCAGUUAACACUUCUGCGGCUGCUAUGGAUCUGCCACCUCUACAUUCAGUUCAAUACCCAAUGAGUCCUGUAAUGAGACUGUCUCGGGAAGCCAAUGAAGAGGUACAGAAUAUAAUUGGAAAGGCCACAGAUGGACCUACAACUGUGGCCAAUGAAAAAGUAAGUUUAAGAAAGAAAAAUAAAAAGAGGAAGAGGAGAAAGACUGGAUGUAAUGAUAUUGGAUGUGUUAUCAAUCAUUUUGAAGUUCCAAAAGAUACAUUUGCUCCGGAUCUAGUAAUGAGUCAAUGUCAGGAAGAAAACCAAGGAAAGGAUCAAAAUAUGGUUGAAAAGGCUACAGAUGGAUCUCUGGCUAUGCCAAAUGCGGAAGUGAACCCAAGAAAGAAAAAUAAAAGGAUGGGAAAAAGGAGGAAGACGAGACAUGAUUCUUUACAAAGCAAUGUCAAUCUUUCUGGUGUUUCAAAAGGUGACAUUUCUCAUUCAACAGUAGUCAGUAAGCAUGGUCAUUCUAAGGUAUCGCAUUCUUCACUGGGUAGAGCCAUAUCAAGCUACCCAAAAAAGAAGCUUCUUGUACUUGAUCUUAAUGGGCUGCUUGCUGACUUUGUCCUUGGUGUUCCUGAGGGUUACAAACCUGACAAAAAGAUACAUAACAAAUCAGUUUUCAAGAGGCCUUUUUGUGAUGAUUUUUUGCAGUUCUGUUUUGACAAAUUUCAUGUCGGUAUUUGGUCAUCAAGAAAACGGCAGAACGUUGAUGCUGCAAUCAAAAUUCUUGUGGGGGUUUCAGCAUCCAAACUGCUUUUUGCCUGGGAUCAACGUCAAUGUACUGUGACAAAAUUUCGGACCAUCGAGGACAAGAACAAGCCCCUUAUGUUGAAGGAACUGAGGAAGUUGUGGGAAAAGGGCAGGUCCGAUCUUCCAUGGAAGAAGGGAGAGUUCAACGAGAAAAAUACUUUGUUGUUGGAUGACUCCCCUUACAAAGCGAUCCGGAAUCCAAUGCACACAGCAAUAUUUCCUUAUUCUUACCGGUUCAGCGACAACAAUGACACAUCAUUAGGACCUGGAGGUGAUCUUCGUGUUUAUCUUGAAGGAUUGGCUAUGGCUGAGAAUGUUCAGGAGUACGUGGCUUCUCAUCCAUUUGGUCAACCACCCAUAACAGAAUCAAAUCCACACUGGAAUUUUUAUUGUUUAGUUAGAGAUCAAGGCUUAGUCGCAAGAAAAAGAAACAGAAAGAGGAGAUCGACAUAAUCGCCGUCGGCUUUGUUGUCUGUAACGCCAUCCAUUGAAUUUUGAUUUUAAUAUUCUUUUGUCAUAAUUUUUUUGGGGGUAUAAUCAUCUCAUAUUCAUACUA